AUGGGAAACGUUCCUACCAAAGAAGCCAGAUCCCGUUCCUCGUCUGUGGGCGGCGGAUCCCCAAGCAAUACGCUCACAAGAUCAUCCAGAAGACACACCACGCUGUCGAUUCUUGAGAAUGCUGGCUUUUUGAUGUACCCGAGCGGGACAAGCUCCAGCAGCAGCCAUGGGAAGCUGCUGAGGCUGGCAGAGGAAAAACUCAAGCAGAAAGAGGCACACAUGAUGAAUCUCAUUAUAAGGUACGAGGAAAACGUGGACGGAGGAUUUUUGGCCCCGCACGGCAUCUACAAGCUGAAUUUGGACUUCAACACCGAGAUAGUUCGUAGUCUAAUAGUGGAAAGGCGAAUAGCACCUUUUUUCACCCCACUUCAGGACUUCGAUGAAGAUUGGACAGACGAAGAGGUGGCAACAAUUGCGUCGCAGCUGCCGCUUCAUGCGAUCGACGAGGCGUACUCGGAUGACGAAGAACCCGACGACGCAGACAACCAUAAAAUCCACCUUCUGGCAAACUACUUCAGAAGACAGGAGCAAAAGAAGAAGGUGAAGGAACUCACAGUAAGCAUGAAAGAGCUUCAGAAACAGCACGAAAUGGAGUACAUGGCAGCCAAGCAGUCGCAAAAGCAGGACCCAAACGUUCCUUCCAAGGAGCUCCUAUUGAAGCUCUACCGUCAUUCGGCAGAGUGCCCUAUUUGCUUUCUCUACUUCCCUCCAUACUUAAACGUGAGCAGAUGCUGCGGGCAGCCGAUCUGCAGCGAAUGUUUCGUGCAAAUCAGGCGUCUUGAUCCGCAUCCACCUCACGACGACGUGAGCAACGAAAACAGCGCAGAGAUCCCCCACACCCUCAUUUCCGAGUACGCCAACUGCCCCUUCUGUGCCAUGCCCAACUUUGGUGUCACGUACGAUCCUCCAAAGGAUUUAAGCGUGGGCAUCGGUGGGAUAACUUCUCCAGCGUACUACAAGGGGCCCCUUGCAGCCACCGAAGAAGCAGUGGUGCUGUCAUCAGAUGAGGUAUCCGCAGCAUCGCCGCAGUCUCCAGGCACGCCGGUGCUGCGGACGGUGAGUCCCACCAAAGCAAAAGCAAGAAAAAGAAGAUCGUCGGUGCCCGCAGAUGACGCUGGAGUCAUCACCACCGAUUACAUACGUCCUGAUUGGGAGCAGAAGUUGGCUAGCGCAAAGAGCAAAUUGGCUCGCAGAGCAGCUACUGCAAGCGCCAUCCACGCCCUGAACCUUAUUGUCGACGACGAGGGGUCCAGCAGGGGCCAAAGCAGCAGCGACAGUCAAAACUUACGGUACUUGCAGUCGAUAGAAGACCGCAUGAUUGAAGAGGCGAUGAAGCUUUCGUUGGCAGAAGAAAAGGCACGCAGGAAGAAGCAGGAACGGGAAAAGUAG